AUGGCAGCAGCAAAAUCCCAAAGCACCAGUGUAAGGACCUCCUGGCUUCCAGAACUAACAGAGGAAACCAUACCAACCUCUACAAACCAACAACUCAAGUUUAGAAGAUCUAAUGAAGAAAGGGCUCUGGGGACUUUGGCGGCAGACACUGAGAAGAACCCAAAAGUGACGAUCAAGGCUGUGUCUCUCAGGAAUGGGAAAACAUUAUUAGAGCCCAUUGCAAAACCAAGGGCUGAAAGGGAGAUCAACUCAACCAAGAUAGCAGAAGAAAUGAAAAUUGGUCAAUCUCUGCCUAAGCAGGAUAUUAGCAGCAAGGAGGUUGAUAAGCGGAAAUUUAGCAGCGCAGUUGAGGAAAGCAAGGACAUGCCAAUGUUACUCUUUCCUCAAAAGAUGAAGGGGGAGAUACUAUACAAAUGCUUUGGGAAAUUCUUGGAGAUGCUGAAACAACUAUAUGUGAACUUCCCGUUCACCGAGGUGCUCGCCCAGAUGUCAGCCUAUGCAAAAUUCCUGAAGGAAAUCCUUUCAAGUAAAAGGAAACUCGAGAAAAUGGAAAUGUUCAAGAAAUUGGAAGGAGAACUAAGAGUGGUUAAAUCUGUGCCAGUAUCUUUGCAACUUGAUGAUCAGACCACGAUCAUACCAGUGGGAAUAAUUGAGGACAUUCUAAUGAGGGUAGACAAAUUUGUCUUCCCGGUUGACUUCAUCUUAGUAGACAUGGAAGUGAAUAAGGAGGUACCUCUAAUCCUAGGGAGACCGUUUCUUUGCAUUGGUCGGGGUAUUCUUGAUAUAUAUGAGGGAGAACUCAUGUUAGGAGUGGGAAACAAAAAAGUGGUGUUUCAAAUGAAGAGAAUGUUGAAAUACACGUGUGAUGAGGCAUCUACCUAUGCUUAUCUCAAGCUGGAUAUGGUGGGAGAGUUAGCUGAACAACACAAGUAG